UGUGGGCAGAGAAGGCAGGAGACAGAAAGAUGGCUGCAUGAAUUGAAGGGGCUGAGGGAUGGAGUUCUAUGCGACAUGGGCAGGAGAGGAUUGCAUGGAGAGUACAGGGGAAAGCUGCUGGCUUGGGCAUCCAUAUUGUCAGGCCUGGCUCAGGGCAGAAGGCCUCCUACUGCGCAGGGAGGCUCCCCGGAUCCCUGCGACGCUGCAAGGAAAAGAUAGAUUCCAUGGGGUCCUCAGAUGCAGUGGCAGUCUCCUCUUUAAUGUCACCAACCAGUGGCGUGAUUCUCCCCAUUUUGAGGAGCGGCAAGGGAACGUGGGGAGGGCAGGAGCUCAGACUACAUCCCCUGUGUAGCUGACCAGUGCUGCAGCCUUCCUGACAGGCCUCUCCGUACAAAGCUGGAAGGGCCCCUAGAAGCUUGUCUGAGUUGCGGCCCAGGACCUCCAGCCUCAUGGAGCCCCGGAUCCCACAGGGCACUGUCCCUUUGACUCCCGGCUCCGCCAUGGUACAGCCCCUCCUUGACAGUCGAGUACCCCACAGCCAGUUACAGCACCCACUCACCAUCUUACCCAUUGACCAGAUGAAGACCAGCCACGUGGAGAAUGACUACAUAGACAACCCUAGCCUGGCCCCCACCGUGGGCCCCAAGCGGACCCGGGGUGGGGUCCCAGAGCUGGCCCCUACCCCCGGCCGCUGUGACCAGGAUGUCACUCACCACUGGAUCUCCUUUAGCGGUCGGCCCAGCUCUGUAAGCAGCAGCAGCAGCACCUCCUCAGACCAGAGGCUCCUCGACCAUAUGGCUCCGCCACCAGUAGCUGAGCAGGCUUCCCCCCGGGCUGUGCGCCUCCAGCCCAAGGCGGUCCACUGUAAGCCACUGGACCUCAAGGGCCCAGCAGCUCCACCAGAGCUAGACAAGCACUUCUUGCUGUGUGAGGCCUGUGGGAAGUGUAAAUGCAAGGAAUGUGCGUCCCCUCGGACGUUGCCCUCCUGCUGGGUCUGCAACCAGGAGUGCCUGUGCUCAGCCCAGACCCUGGUCAACUAUGGCACGUGCAUGUGUCUGGUUCAAGGCAUCUUCUACCACUGCACCAAUGAGGAUGACGAGGGCUCCUGCGCUGACCAUCCCUGCUCCUGCUCCCAUUCCAACUGCUGCGCCCGCUGGUCCUUCAUGGGUGCCCUCUCUUUGGUGCUGCCCUGUCUGCUGUGCUACCUGCCAGCCACAGGCUGUGUCAAGCUGGCCCAGCAUGGCUAUGACCGCCUCAGGCGCCCUGGUUGCCGCUGCAAGCACACGAACAGUGUCAUCUGCAAGGCAGCCAGUGGCGAUGCCAAGACCAGCAGGUCUGACAAGCCUUUCUGACACUUUGGAUGUGAAAACUCAACACUGCCCUUGGAAACUGGGGUCCCUCCUGCCAGUCUCCUUGAGACUGACCUGGCUCAUCUGUCCUCUCUUAAACCCCAGAUAGAGAAGAAACAGGCAGAGACCACUACCACCCAGCUUAGAGUCCCCAAAAGGAUGAAGAUGCACUUUGGGGUUUUCGAAACUUUAUGCCAAGCAGCAGUGACAGCAUCAGGGUGUGGUGGUUUGGAUGUCGUUUUCCUAUUUCAGAAGACAGGACACUGAUGUGGACAUAAUCCAGAAGUUCGGCUGCUCAAUGGCCUUCCCAGCCCCUCCUCAACCCCACUCUCCCUCUUUGCCUCUGGCUCCUGCUGGAGCCUCCCGCCUGGGAGGAACAGCCAGUGGAGGGUGGAACACCUCAAGGAAGACCUGCAGAGCCUUGACUUCUCUGUUCGUCCUCUGCCCAUGCCUGUUGGCCUCAGCCUCUUGGGAAGGAGGUGCACCAUAGCAAUCCUGCUGUGUGUACUUGAUAGCUGAGAACAAAAUCGCUGGUGAGCUGAAGCCACCCUGGAGCCACAGGAUGGACAAGGAGUCACUGGGCAGUGCGUUCCUCCUAGUUCAGUCACUAACUUGGGGGUGUCCAGUCAUCACACCAUCCUCCGGUUCUUACCCGAGUCACAGACUGGCCUGCCUGCUGUGUGUCCUGAGCUCUCUGAGAUUCUCUGCAGAAACUUGCUAGGUUACGAGGGCCAGGGUGACACAAGUGAGACCAAAUAUCAUUUUGCCAAUGAGUCUGAGGCUGUGGUCUUCGGAUCCAGUCGUGAUGUUUUUAUAUGUUUAAUUAAACUAGAUGCUAAUGGUGUUUAAACAAUAAUAAUACAACAACUUGCUUCCUUUUGGGCCACCCCCAGGAAGGGCUGAUUUCACAAUCUGGGGGCAAGCAACCUCAAGGAGCAUAGUUCCCCUGCCCAUCAAGAAUGGUGAAGAAGAGGCCACACCUCCCAUUGGCAGGAUGACAGUUGAGCCGAGCUGGGGUUGGGUUUUCUUCUGAUUCUGCUGCUUGCUGUCAUAGCCUUUGUGUAUAGCGAUGUGUCUGUCUAUAUGUAAAUAGAGAGGGGAUGAACAGAGUCUAUUUUAGUGUUAGGAGGCCCCGGUGGGGAAGUCCAGGGGAACCCAGUGAGAGUGAGGAACAAUUCUCCAGGGGCUACUGGAUUUGAGCCCCACUUUUGUGCUCAGCACAACCCCCGCCCCUCCCGACAGCCCCCAAAGACGUAGCAACUCUUUCUCUCACGGUGCUAAAGGUCUCAGUGCAGCACGUCCAAUGGGUAGGUACUUGUUGCAUGCAAAAAGCUAUAUAGUGUCUCUGGUCCUUGCCCGCAGCUGUUGUGUGGGAUUUUUACUUUGUGUGGUAUUCUGUCCCCACCCCUGCCUCUUGGUGAUACGAGAAAUGGCCUGAGACAGAAGAAUGCCCCAGGUGAAACGGGGAAAGCAUUAGGCAAAAAUCAUGUGUGGCAUUUCUGGCUAUGUGGGACCAGAGCUGCCCCCAGGAAGGAGACAAGCAGGCAGGUAACUGAGUGGCUUGUUCCCCCACCCCCACCUUGGACUAGUAGUAACACCUUAUGAUUUAGAAUAAGUUAAUUGUAACCAUAGGUAUUUAUUGAUUGGAGGAAGGGAGGACUAUAUUUUCAGCUUUAUUUAUGUAACAUUUACAGGCUUGUAAAAGGCGAGUAUAAAAUACUGCAUCCCCAUUCUCCAUGCCUAAUCCACAUAGCUGCCCUUGCCACGGUUGCCUGCAAUGCUCUUGCACAGAUCAGAAGGAAAGACGGAAGACAAACAGGUGCAGCCAACCACUUCCACUGUUUGAAUGUAUUAGAAACUGACUGAGGGGCUGCAGAUGUUUUCCUCAGAUGAGGCGUGGGGCGGGAAACCCCCAAAUGAUAGCGCACAUGAGCACACGCUUUCUAAAAGGCCUGGGAGCUUUGCCCAGGGUCCCUCCCUCAAUUGGCCGCCACAGAACAGUGACCCAGUGGCAGGUUGCACUUUGGUGAUCUUGGUCUAUACACCUCUGUGGACAAUUGAGUUACAUAAGCCGUGUGUGUGCACACACAUGUGUGACGUACACACUGACCCUCUACACACAGACCCUGUUUCCUGGCAACCCCUCCUGAACCCUGACUUUGUGUACAUAGCUGUAAACACGGAUUUUUAUGGGUUUUGGUUUGCUUAUCCCCCCCCCCCACUAUCCCCCCCCCAGGAGUUUGCCUUGGGGCUUGCUUGUUGGUAAAGGGAAGGAGUGAAGGAAGCAUCCUUUAUUUCCUCUGCUCCAUUGUUUUUCUCUGGCAAAUACCUACAGGCGGAAAGAACACAACACUAAAGUGGCCCCCACCCCCUACAGGCUAGUCAACAGGUACCGAGUCUACAGGCUAGUCUACAGGCAAACAAGAAACACUUGUGUAGCUGCCUCAGAUCCGUGGCUUGCUUGGCUAGGUUAUAGCUCUUAAAAGGUCCAGCCAGUUCCCACUUCCAUACCUGGGGUGCUGGCAGUUGUGCCUGGAGCUGAGGAUAGUAUCCAAGAUGCUUCCUAAAAAGUACCUUGGCUACUUGGUUUCCGAAUUGUUGGGAAAGGCCAGCACUCCUGUGAGCACACUGGGAUCUCGGGCUAGACUAGCAAAGCCUUCCAAGGUACAGUCUAGGUUCCUGAAGGGAACAAAGCAUCGUCCUCACUGUUACCUUAGGUACUUCACAGCUGGUGGAAGGCAUCCUUGUGAUGCACGUGGUUGGUUCUUUGAACUUGGGCAGUCUGCAUUGGCGGAGCCUAGCUGGAUCACAGCCCCAGAGGGACAACACCUACCUAGUCAGUCUGGGCCAGAACCCAGGUACCCAUCACUUUGAAGCGGCAUGGUCUCCAGUGCUACUCACAAGAAAUGUCGGAGGUGUGUGGGCAGCACGAAUUUGCACUGUACAAUUUGCUAGAACAUCGAGGCAUCCCUGGCCUCCUGGUUUAUGGGUUUAAUGAGUAGCUCAAUGCUUUCCCUGCUCUGUAAUGGUGGAUAUCAAUCCUGUGUUUGCAUUUUUUGCUGUGGGUGACUGCCAUUUCUUACCUUGCUUUCUCUCGCUGUCCCAUGGUUGACUUCACGUUAGCAGCAGCAGAGCUGCGCUCGGUCCAGUGCCCACUCCACCACAUGCCUGUUUAAUUUCCCCCUCACUGUAACCCCUUCUCACCCCACCACAAAAGCUACCACAGAAGGUUUCCUUUGUAAAAAAAAAAUAUUUAUUUUGAAGCUCUAUUUUAAUAGUAUUUAUUUUAGAAAGUCUACUAUUGUAAGAGUUCUUCUGUUUGUGAAGAAAAAACAAGUUAAAAACUGAAUGUACUGAUCUAGAAGAUAUCUAUAAAUAUAUAUUGUUAAAUAUACAUGUGACCGCCA